AUGUCUGCCCAGAACUCGCAGGGCAUCAACACCCUGCUCGAAGCCGAGAAGAAUGCCUCCAAGAUUGUCCAACAAGCCAGAGAAUACCGCACCAAGCGCGUGCGCGAGGCCCGCGACGAGGCCAAGAAGGAGAUAGACGCGUACCGCAAGGAGAAGGAGGACGAGUUCAAGAAGUUCGAGUCGGAGCACGCCCAGGGCAACAAGCAGGCCGAGGACGAGGCCAGCAAGGAGGCCGACGCCAAGAUCCAGGAGAUCAAGGGCGCCGGCAAAAAGUCCCAGGAAAAGGUCGUCGCCGACCUGCUCAAGGCCGUCUUCGACGUCAAGCCCGUGCCGCCUACUACUGUCGCUGCAUAG